CCCGGGCCCCUGCUAGGUUGGGCUGCUCCAGGAAGUUUCCAUGAAAGCACCAGAAGUACUAAGUUACUCUUUCCAGGUGAGCGCGGAUGAGAAAGCGCUGGGCCGGCCCUGGUGAAUUGCAGCCCAGAGCUCUGGGCUCUGCUGGCAGGAAGAAGGCAAGCUGAGGAGGUCUUUGGACCCGGUGGCGUGGCUUUCACCCUCAUGGCUUCGCACAGGGGCCCCAGCAGUGACUGCUCCUAUGUCAUCGAUCACACCCACGUCCCCGAGUUCGAGGUGGCCACCUGGAUCAAAAUCACCCUCAUCCUGGUGUACCUGGCCAUCUUCGUGGUGGGCAUUCUGGGGAAUAGUGUCACCAUUCGGGUCACCCAGGUGCUGCAGAAGAAAGGUUACUUGCAGAAGGAGGUGACGGAUCACAUGGUGAGCCUGGCUUGCUCGGACAUCUUGGUCUUCCUCGUCGGCAUGCCCAUGGAGUUCUACAGCAUCAUCUGGAACCCCCUGACCACGCCCAGCUACGCCGCGUCCUGUAAGAUUCACACUUUCCUCUUCGAGGCCUGCAGCUAUGCCACGCUGCUGCACGUGCUGACGCUCAGCUUUGAGCGCUACGUUGCCAUCUGCCACCCCUUCAGGUACAAGGCCGUGUCGGGGCCCUGCCAGGUGAAGCUGCUGAUUGGCUUCGUCUGGGUCACCUCCGCCCUGGUGGCGUUGCCUCUGCUUUUUGCCAUGGGAGUCGAGUACCCCCUGGUGACCGUGCCCAAUCACCGGGGUCUCUCGUGCAACGUCUCCCGCACGCGGCACCACGAGCGGCCGGAGACCUCCAACAUGUCCAUCUGUACCAACCUUUCCAACCGCUGGACUGUCUUCCAGUCCAGCAUCUUCGGCGCCUUCAUCAUCUACCUCUUGGUCCUGGUCUCUGUGGCGUUCAUGUGCUGGAACAUGAUGCAGGUGCUUCUGAGGAGCAGCCAGGGCACGCUGGCCGGGAAGGGACGGCGGCCGCAGUUGAACAAGUCGGAGAGCGAGGAGAGCAAGACAGCCAGGAGGCAGACCAUUAUCUUCCUGAGGCUGAUUGUUGUGACCUUGGCUGUCUGCUGGAUGCCUAACCAGGUGCGGAGGAUUAUGGCCGCAGCCAAACCCAAGCACGACUGGACAAAGUCCUACUUCCGGGCGUACAUGAUCCUCCUCCCCUUCUCCGACACCUUCUUCUACCUGAGCUCGGUCAUCAACCCGCUCCUGUACAACGUGUCCUCGCAGCAGUUCCGCAGGGUGUUUGGGCAGGUGCUCCGCUGCCGCCUGACUCUACCGCAUGCCAACCACAGCAAACACCUGCGUGCCCGCGUCACCUCUGCUGCGGACAGCACUCGCUCCGCGCGUCGCCCCCUCAUCUUCACCGCUUCCCGGUGCAGUUCCUCUGCAAGAACUAACAAGGUUUACUUGAGCACUUUCCAGAACGGGGGCGAGCCAGACUCCAAGCCCCAGCAAUUGAGUCUUGAGGCAGCAGAACCCAACGUGCAGAUGAAACCACCCAACUCCGCCGCAGGGAAUGGUUUUCAGGAACAUGAAGUGUGAAUGUCAACUAUGGAAGCCUUGAGGACUAACCGGCGCCCCCAAUGAAAGCAACAUGAUCUGACACACGCAGUGACAAAAUAAACCAUGCCCCUAUGAGGGACAGGAGUGGAAGCAAGGGGCCUUGGAAAAAAUGGAUGCCUCCCUAAGUGUCUUCUAGGGACUGAUUCUGCCAGCCCGACCUUGCCUCUGGUAAUAGGGGACAGACUUGGACUCCCCUCUUCCCUUCAAGUACACACUGAAAAGUCAGACUGAAUUUAUUCAGAGCUUACAGAAACUGACACCGAGCUCUUUGAUUUGCAAAGGAACUGAAAGAAAGAGAAUACGCUCCCUCCCAACCCACAAAAAAAGGACACCCAGGAGAAGCUGGGGGAGCAGGGGGAGCAAGGGCCUGAAGGACAAUGCAGGAGGGAUGAGCAUCUCCAACUUCAGCAGUGAGCCAAGAGGAGGGCAAGUUUCAGGAGCAGGAUGGUGGUGGGGAGCCCCGGCCGCAGGGCCAAGGCAGAACUGCUCCGUUUCUUGGGCCGGGGCCCAUUGCAAAGUGGGGUGUUGCAGCAGCUGAUGCACACUGAGUUCAGUUUCCCAGGGGAGCAGAAGGAUUGGUACCCAGCGGAGGCGAUGAGGCAGGCUGCUGAGGAGGCACACGACUUGCGGUACAUGAUCCCUGCAACACAACCCAAGAAGUGGGGUUAACUGGGGUUGGCCAAGGUUCAGCUCCUCCUCCUUCCUCCCACAGCCCAGCUACUUGGUGGGAUCAGCAAGGUACUUUCGGUUGUUUCACUGAGCACACCGACCCCCCCCCCCUUCGCCAAAAUAUAAGUGACGAUGGCUUCUUCACCAUACAGCUCCAGUAACUUUUGACAAAUUGUUCCAAAAGCUAUUAGAUAUUGGUAUCAGCAAAGAGCUAUUAAAAUCCAAGUUCACUUAAAAAAAUUCACACACAA